UUUCUUCAAGUUAAAUUCAUUUAGGAAUCAACUAAAAAUAUUUAAGUGACAAAAUGAAAAAAAAAUUAAUUUUAAUAUUAAUGAUGUCGUUAAAAAUAAGCUUAAGUUUACAUGUAAAUUAUUUUCAGUGCUCCUAUACUCGUUAUUUUCUAAACUUUUUUAACCAUAAUGAAAGAUAUUUGUUAGAAUGCGAAAAAAAUAAAGAUAAUAUCACUAUUGAAAAUCUUUUGAUCUAUGGCAAGGCACUUCAAACACACAGUAAAGUAAUUAUGUUAUUCUUGGCUGACGUGAUGAACAGCUAUGCAGUUGAAUUUCCUUAUAGUUUGAUAACGAUAAAUUUGUACUUAAAUAACGUCUCUGACUCUUUAAAUAUGAUUGCUCAAAAUAAUAACGGUGAAAAGCAUGAUGCUAAUAAUGUAUUAGAAGGCUAUAAGAUUAUUCAUCUCGCAAUUAAAGAACAACUGAACAUCUACAUCAAUAAAAAUUGUAAUAACGUACUGUUUCAUUAUCAUAUGGUUAAUUGUGAUACUCCAAUUGAUAAAUACGAGUAUACUACUACUAAUCUAUUAAAUAUAAAUUAUUAUCUUAAAAAUAAGAUACUAACAAUGUUAGGCCAAUCACUUAAAAGAAAUACAUACAAACAUUUUCAUCCGAAAAAUAUUUUAUUUUACAAUAUAAUGACUCAACCGAUAUUUAACAACAAAAACGAUACUAUAAAAAUAGAUAAUAAUCAACACAUAGAAUUAAACCUACUUCGAUUCACUCCACUUGAUAUUCAAUGCUCUGACAGUACUCGUUUAACUAUACAAGAUGUAUUUGAGUAUAUGAAAUAUACUUUUAAUUCUGUAGAUGUUUUAGCAUACAUGAUGAUGGUAAUGGUGGCUACAUUUCGACCAAUAGCUAUUCUUAUUCGUAACUUUUUAACCUUAAUUCAAGUUGUAUCUUCAGAAAAUUCAGAUAGUGUAACAUUUUGGUUAAAACCGACAUUUAUUAAUAUGGGCCAACAAAUAAAAGCAUAUAUAAUAGAAUUCAUCUCUCUAAUCAGUUAUAAUAAGAAAUUUCUGAUAAACGACGUCUAUUACAGAUUUAAUAAUGCCUUACAAAAUUAUACUAUACAAGAAAAGUUGACCAAAAGUGAUAAUCAAAAUAAUAAAUUAUUAAUUAAAAUACUUUCGAAUUUCUUCAUCAGAAACAAAUUAUACUUUACAAGUGAUAUAGUUCUAAAUAAAAAAAAUAUUACUGAAAAUAAUGCUGAUGUUAUUAGAAGUCAAUUAGAAAAAAAUAUUCAAAAAGUUGGUAUCUAUAUGAAUGACUUUCGAAAAUGGAGUAGCCAUUUUAGUAAUAUUAUAAAAAAUUUUAAGAUUAGGUCUAUCAAUUGUUUAAAUUGUAAUCAAUUUAUUAAUUACAAAGUUUUAGAUCGUAUUUGUAAUAUGGAAGCACAUUCUGAAAUAUACAAUGCUAGUUUGAAUGCCAGUAUGAAUGAUAGUAAUAAAAAUAAUAUAGAAUAUUAUAAAGACGUGGAUGCUGUGGAUGAUAAAAUUACAGAAUUUAACCUAGAGAAUCUUAAUGAUGAACUUGAUGAAUAUGAUAUCAAAACACAUUACUCCCCUGAAAUUCAAUCAACUUUUAAACCGCUUUAUAAGAUUGAUUAUUUGCCGUACAACAUGUAAAGUGAGAUGUUUAUUAAUUUUUUUUUUAUAUUGCAUAUUGUAUAUUGUCAUUACUUAUUUGCAAAAAUCUUAUUUUUUCCAUUUUAUUAUACAGAAUGAAUCUUUUAACGCUAGCCACACAAUUUCUAUUAAAAUAAUAAUUAUGUUAAGAAAAUUAUUUUGGUAUUUAUGAGAUUUAGAUAUUUUUAAUUUUUAAGUUACAGCAUUUAAAGUAACAUACAUAUUUAACUAGAUUACAAAAUAAAAAAAUACAAAUUUUUAUUUUUUUUUUGUGUCUGUGAACGCUCAAUUUCAGCUCUUGCUGAACCGAUUUUGAUGAACAAUACGCCAAAAGAUCACAAAUCGUAUCUAGUCGAAGACAUUACCCUCAAAAAUUGAAAAAAGUUCCCUCGUUUCCAGUAAAUGGGGGAAACCUAAAAAAAAAUACAAAUUUAAAAAUCGCUAAUUUUCGAAAUUUUUUCAAUUUUUUUUACUUAAAACUUUUUCAAAAAUGAUUAAAUCAAAAUAACUUUUUAUUAUAUAGAUGCAUAAUGACUUUAUUUAAUAUUUGAUAUAUUUUUUUUAUAAAUCUGUCUCUUUUCUUGCUCAUAGGUGGAGGAUUCAAAAAUGACAACUUUUUCACAAGAAAUAAACUUUUUCAACUUAACUUUUGGAAGUGUUCCGUAAAUACUGACACUAAAAAAUUUAAUUAAAAAUGUCCUUGUUUCAAUACGCAUGUUUAAAGUUUUGACUCUCCUUGUAUAAAGGGGUAUGAUCCGAUUUAAAAAAAAAGUAUGUCGAAUGAAAGAGGUAUAUAUAAAGUAUUUAUCAUUAAAGAAUAGAAUUGAAUCAUGCAAUUUUUAAAAAGUUAGCAACAUAAUGUUAUAAAAUGUAAAAAAUAAUAACAAGAAUUUUUUCACAAAAAUAGUAUAUUUUUGCAUACGGUAGUCAUUUUCACCAUGAAGACAAGUCCUGAGGUCAAUUUUUUUUCAAAUUAAAGAAUAUUACACAAGCUUUAAUUUAAGGUAUAUAUAAAAGUGUCAGUCUUUCCGGAACAUUUUUAAAAGUUAAUUUUUAGUGAAAAAGUUGCCAUUUUGAAACCCUGCUCGUGGGCUUGGUAAAUGGUCAAAUGUUUACAAAAAUAUAUCAAAUGAUGGGUAAAUACCUAAGGUAUCUAUAAAAAAAAAUUAUAUUGAUUCGGUCAUUUUUAAAAAGUUAUAGCAGUUUUAACUAAAAAAAAUUGAAAAACUCUCGAAAAUUAGCCAUUUUUAUAUUUGUAAUUUUUUUAAUUUUCCCUUAUUUACGGGGAACGAGGGAAAUUUUUUCAAUUUUUGAGGGUAAUGUCAUCGAUUAGAUACGAUUUGUAAUCUUUUGACGUAUCGUUUAAAGCAAUCAGAAUCUGUGAGAGGUGAGAAAAAGUGGUAACAUACACAAAAAAAAAACACAAUAGUAAAAUUAUUAUCUUCUCAGCUUCCACCAAUUUUUUAAAUUAGUCACUAUCUACAGAUUUAUAUCGAAGCAUUUUUUAUGAUAGUGAUUUUAAUCACUAUCAUUAGAUAUCCUCUAUACUAGACCCAACUAUGCCACGUCACCAAUGUGCCGCGACCUCACUGUGCUGGGUUUUGUUUUUAUUAAUUUUUUAUUUCUAAACCCCACACUAUAAGAGGAAAAUUUUUAAAAAUGUGGAUAAAGAAAACAUAUAUUAAAUAUUUACUAAAAAAGAAUUGUAAUAAUCCACAUCUUUUUAAAAUAGUAAUAACAAUUUAAAGAUGAAAAUAUAAUAUAUAAAAUCGAACAUUUUAAUGCAAAAAUAGUAUGUUUUUUGCUACAGCAGUCAUUUCCACAUAGUUGAUAAGUCAACAGGAUAACGUUUUUUUUAAACUUAUAAUAUUUAAUAGAAGCUUCAAUUUAACAUAUGUUUGAAUCUCAGAAUUUUUAUAGAACAUUUUCAAAAGUUAAGUUGAAUAUAUUAACUUUUCAUAAAAUGUUUUUAUUUUAAAACCCCUUAAUAAUCAGGCUAAACAACAGGUUUUAAAAAAUUGAUACCAAAUAAAACCUAAAUACCUAAGGCAUUUAUUAAAAUAUUAUUUUGAGUUAUAAAUUUUUAAAAAAGUUUUGAAAAUUUUAAGUAAAAAAAAGUUUAAUAAAUGUCGAAAUUAACCGAUUUUCAAAAUAUUAAUUUAUUUUUCAUAUACUGGUAACAAGGAUAAAUUUUUCAAUUUUUGAGGGCAAUGUCUUAAACUAGAACUAACUUUUGAUCUUUUGAUGUAUUGUAGAAAGAAAUUGGUUCAGUAAGAGCUGAAAAAAGUAGUGACAGUUACAAAGGAAAAAAGAUAAAAAAAUCCCAACCCGACAUGGUCAGAACGCGGCAUAGUUGGGACUAAUAUAGAUAGUAUCUGACAGUGAUUAAAAUCAUAGAAAACGCUUCGAUGCAAAUCUGUAGAUAGUAUUUAAUAUUUAGAAAGAAUUGUUGGAUUAUUCCAAAAGCAACAUCUACUCUCAUUUCCUUAAUUAUAUCCCGAUUUCUAGUUUUAUAAUAUAUAUGAACAAUGCAUAUUAUAGAAAAUAAUUUAGUUUGAAAUUGACAUUCAAUAUUUUGUAUUGUAAUUUUAACGCAGAAAUUUAAAAAUUAAAAAUUAGUCAUAUUUAAUUAAUGUU